UGCUUGAUUUCAGUUGCAUGAUAGUACUAGAACUCGACACGAUAGCUUCAAAAGUGGCGUUUGACUUAUAUGAUUGCCAUCGGAUGGCAAGCUUGUCAAAUCCCAAAAUGAUUUCAAAUAUGGGAUCUGAAAAUGUUAACACAGACUUCGCAAACAGUCUUCAGUUUCACAACAUUUUACAUCCGCACUUAAAUUCAAAUACAAUUGCGGCACCUAACUCACUUCGAAACCACAUUCAAGUUCCGUAUUCAAAUCAGAGCAACAUUAAACAAGAGGCGCAUGGACAAAAUCAUGCACAAGCAGAUCCUUACCAGAAAAACUUUUCAGCCGAAAAAGAGCUUUCCUAUACCUGCGAUAAAGUAAUGACUUCUGAGAUAAUGCUCAAUUUCUUACAGCACAAGACUUAUAACAGUGUUUCUGUGAAUGCUCCACGAGUUGCUCAGAAAUCUUACGGAAGUGAAAAGCGGUUUCUUUGUCCGCCCCCUGCUAUAGUGUAUGACCUAAAGGAGUACUCGAGGAUUCGAAACAAAGAAAGAACUGACUCUGAAAACACAGAAGAGCAAUCAGAUGGCAAUAAAAUUUUAGGAGCAGUAUUCAUAAAGCAGUUACCUCAAAAUACGAUACCAGUUCAAUCUACUUCUCUGGCUGAUGGGCAGACUCUUAAGAACCUGUAUGUCUCAGAUUCAGACCAUGUGAAAGAUUUCAAAGUGCAGUUAAAAUUGGUCUAUAACCAAAUACACGAUCUUGGAUCAUACUUCAGUACCGAUAUAAAAGUCAUUUCGAAGCCAUCAAAAAAGAAACAAACUCAAAAGUCUAAUGAUCUAUGCAUUGAAUCUGGAUCUAAAAUAGCACUUUUCAACAGAUUAAGAUCGCAGAAUGUGAACACACGAUACUUGGUGGCUGACCAGCAACAAAUGAACGUGAAAGCGAGUUCCAAAAUGUGGGGAAUUUUCUAUAUUCAUCUGGUAGAUGAUGAAGAAGACGAGGGCGAUGAAUUCUGCAGUCUACCGGGCAAUAUCCAGUACGGAUCUCACGUCAAGCUAGUGUGUGCUGAAAACGGAAUGGCGCUUCCCAGAUUGGUGAUCCGCAAAGUUGAUAAACAAAGCGCGUUUUUGGAUUGCGUAGAAGUUGUAUCACAGCUACACAAGUGUGCAUUUAGUUUUGCUACUAAUUUCUACCUCAGUUUAAGUCAUGAUCAGAUAAUAAGAAGCGAAGCUACCAAAACGGGCGAUCAGUAUAUUGACCUGCUUACAGACAAUGCAAUUUGGACAAUCAUAAGUGCAGAUUCGAACGAAGUUCGGUUCCACGAAGCCUUAGGACCAACGCCGUAUCCGAUUUCUCCUGCGCCUCAGAUUCAUGAUUGGGAGAUUGCCAGAUGUGGCCUUGCUAAUGACGACGAUGACAGUUAUAGACUGAUUCUGAAAGGCGAAAGCUUUCAUCACCAGAUGUCAAUUUGGUUCAACUCUGUGCCUUCUAGAAGUGUCUUGGUUUCGGCGAAUCAUAUCGAGUGCAUCAUCCCUCCGAUAUCAGACUUCACAUCCAAUAAUAACUUUGUGGACGGCAAAUAUCUAACGGUAGAGAUUUUCAUAGUGAGAAAUGAUGGCGUGAUUUUUCACACCGGAAAAAGUUUCACGUACAAUCCGUCGGACCAUUGCUACGCAGACGGAGUUCUUCACCCUUUGCCUUUCAAGACUUUCGACAACGAUGACUGAACUCAAAA